AUGUUGUUGCAUGUGCGCUUCGUGUUAGCAUUAGUUUUCCUUUACGGUUCGAUCCCACUGACGCGGUGCAUCAGUGAAAAUCCAGUGGUGCAGACUCCAUUGGGAGCGCUCAAGGGUCGAACCGAAGUCUUCAAGUACUCCGGCCAGAGUCUGGACGUGUUCAACGGUGUCCCGUAUGCCGAAUCGCCGACCUCGACUGGACGCUUCCGGAAGUCCUCACCUGUGAAACGCUUCACUGCCGAUGGGAGCGUUUAUGACGCCACCCACUAUCGACCGGGUUGUAUACAGCCGCAAGGGUUGUUCGGCAUCAAUGAGAGCACGGUAUUCGAUGAAAACUGUCUGUUUUUGAACAUAUGGAGAAGGAGCGGCACGGACGACUCUCACCGGAAACCUGUGGUCCUAAUAAUUCACGGAGGAGGAUACACAGCCGGAGACGGGCACGAAUACGACUUCCGUGGGACUCAACUGGCCGCGUUCGGGGACGUCGUCGCCGUGAACAUGAACUACAGGCUCGGUUUGUUCGGCUUCCUUGACCUUGACUUGCCGGAAGCCCCCGGAAACAUGGGUCACACAGACCAAACUCUGGCGAUGGAAUGGGUGCAGAAAUACAUCGCUCUGUUCGGUGGGGAUCCUCAGCGAGUGACGCUAUUCGGGGUGAGCGCCGGCGGCUUCUCGAUAUCGGCACACCUGAUAAGCAAACAAUCGGAGGGUCUAUUUCACGCCGCCAUCAUCGACGGUGGGGUGAUAACCAAAGCCAAGACCGACAGUCGCGCGGAGCAUUUGACGAGCGUCCGCAAAGUCGCCAGGGGUUUGAACUGUUCAGAUGAGACGACCGAGGAUCUUUUGAAGUGCUUCACCGAGGCCGAUGCUCAAAAACUUUUGGAACAACAACAGGCCAAUUCCUUACUGAAGAUUUUCACGCCGCCGACUCAUGGAAACGGCUUCCUAGCGAAUAUCCCGGAGAAGAUCGUCAACCACCAACCAGGUUCAUUCACGCGAGUGCCGAUACUCGUCGGAGAUUGCAGUGACGAGGGAAGCAUAGUGUUCUACCCUGAAAUCGAGAAUGUGAAUUUGACGAGCGUUUCCGAAACUCUAAAUUACCUGCAGACUGAGCUCGGAGAUCAUCCGCUUUCACGAAAUUUCAAGAGAGAAGAUAUCGUCGAGGGAUAUAAUAUUUCGGAGGGUGGCACUUCGGAGUACUACCGGAACGUCAGUCUGGACUUCGUCGGCGAUGGGUUUUUUGUCUGCCCCGUGAGGAACUUCGUGCAUCACUAUUCUUCAGUCGCCUCGACACGUUUCUAUUACUGGGAGCAUCUCACGAAACAGAAAGUCUCCCUGGAUCCUCUGACUUGGGGCGCUUUCCACGGAACCCCAUUCUUCCAUAUGAUCGGUUCGCAGUUCACGUAUUUCGAAAACGACACCAUAUCUUCAGAAGACGCUGACUAUGUGAAGAAAUCCAUCAGGAUGGUUGUGGACUUUGCCUCGGAUCCUGCGGCGAAGCUCCGGUUCGGCGACAUCGAAUGGCCCCCGUACACGAAGGACCAGCGCAAUGUUUUCGUUUUUGGCAGAGAGAGAGACUACCUGAGUCUUGGUCAUCCGAAAGACUCGAAAUGUGGUACGGUAUGGAGAGCCUAUGAGGAUAUUUGA